CAUAAAUGUCUCAGACAGAGACAGAAACAUUCUCCUCAUUUCUGUCUGUUUCGCGAGAGCGAGAACCUUGUUGUCUUCCAUGUUGAUUUUUUGUGACCAAAUUUUUGGACGAUUUUUCCCAGCGACUGUCGAGUUGAGACCUGUUUAUAUCCGAGUUUAUAUUAUUAUAGGAUUAUAUACUGGUGAUCGUGGUUACAGCUACUCUUUACAAGCACUCUAAAUAUAAGCAAUGAUAAUAACGAAGCUAAACUUCAACAACGUAUUGUGUGAUUAGGUUAAAUUAUAUCUCAUACCUUGACCCAAAUAAGAAAUUUAACUAUGCCUCCAAAAAAAGGUGGAAAUACUACAAAAACAAAUAAAAUUAAAGCUGUAGAUGGUAAUAGCGGCAAAGAAGAAAAGAAAGGAGGAAAUGCUGUGAAGGUUAGACACAUACUCUGUGAAAAACAAUCAAAAAUUCUGGAAGCAUUGGAAAAGUUGAAAGCAGGGGGAAAAUUUAAUGAAAUUGCUGCUACAUAUAGUGAAGACAAAGCAAGAUCUGGGGGUGACCUUGGGUGGAUGACUAGAGGAUCAAUGGUUGGGCCCUUUCAAGAAGCUGCAUUUGCAUUACCAAUCUCUUCUAUUAGUUCUCCAAUCUACACAGAUCCACCAAUCAAAACAAAAUUUGGUUAUCAUAUUAUAAUGGUAGAAGGUAAAAAGUGAAUAAUUUGUAAAAUAUGAAUAAUACUAUAUAUUUAAUGUAUAAAUAUACAUCCAACUUAAUCAAUUACAAAUAAUUUGUAUUUUCAUAAAAAAAGUUUGAGUGCAUAUUUGUAAAAUAAAU